UUGGCGGUCGCUCCCCGGCCCACCGGCCCCCGAUGGAGGACAGAGGCCCGCCAGCCUCGGAAGAGGACCCGAGGAGCCAGUGGGGGGGCCCGGCCGCGCAGAGCCCCCCCCAGCCCAGCAAGUCUGUGUCCUCGGCCCACAGGCACCCGAGCAGGAGGGAUGGGCUCUCGAAGCUCUGCCAGAGCAGGAUGGCGCUCUCCGGAGACAGAUGGAGCUCCUACUGCCUCUCGUCACUGGCUGCCCAAAACAUCUGCACGGGCAAAGUGCCGUGCCCAGCCCUGGCCGAGCAGGCCAGCCUGGCCGCGCUGCCGGGCAGCACGUCCUGCUGCUCGCUGCUGCGCGGCCUGUCCUCGGGGUGCUCCACGCCCCUGCUCCCAGGCCCCGCCGGCAACCCCAACAAGGCUGUCUUCACAGUGGACCCCAAGACCUCGGAGAUCCUGGUCGCCAACGACAACGCUUGCCGGCUCCUGGGGUACAGCAGCCACGACCUGAUUGGCCAGAAGCUCACGCAGCUCUUCCUGAAGCCGGACUGCCACGUGGUGGAGGCGCUCAGCGAGGAGCACGUGGAGGCCGACGGCCACGCCGCCGUGGUGUUCGGCACAGUGGUGGAGGUGGUGGGCCGCGGUGGGGAGCGCGUCCCGGUGUCCGUGUGGAUGAGGCGGCUGAGGCAGGAGCCGCGGCCGUGCUGCGUGGUCGUGCUGGAGCCCGUGGAGCGGGUCUCGGCCUGGGUCUCCUUCCAGGGCGACGGCACCGUCACGUCCUGCGACAGCGUCUUCGCCCGGCUGCACGGCUACGAGCACGAGGGCGCGGUGGCCGGGCAGCGCGUCACGGACCUGAUCCCCUCCCUGCAGCUCCCUGCGUCGGGCCAGCGCCUCCCGCCGAACCUUAAGAUUCAGCGGUCUGUCGGCAGAGCCAAGGACGGCACCACCUUCCCCCUGAGCCUGAAGCUGAAACCCACCGGCCGGGCGGAGGAGCCGGGAGCUGGCCCUGCGGCCCCCGAGCCGGGCUACUCGGCGUCCGUCUGGGUGUUCUUCACCAUCAGCGGCCUCAUCACGCUCCUGCCCGACGGGACCAUCUACGGCAUCAACCACAGCUUCGCGCUCAUGCUGUUCGGUUACGGGCGGACCGAGCUGCUGGGCAAGAACAUCACCUUCCUGAUCCCAGGUUUCUACCACCACAUGGGCCUCGCACAUGCCCACAGCUCGUCACCCCCGCCGGACCCGGUCAGCCGCCUGGACGCGGGCAGCCCACGUGGGCCUGGGGGGCUGCCCGGGGAUGCCCUGCAGGGCUGGACCACCACUGAGGGGGUUAACGCCCUGCUCGCUGGUGACUCCGUGCUGACGCCGGACAGCCCCGCAGAGCCGGAGGGAGGCCAGGACGCCGGCUCGGUGGCCCAGGCCCGAGAGGACACCAGAGACCAGCCCCCUUCUGCCCGCACACCCCCGCCGAGUCUGGGGGCGGACGGCGCCACGGAGGAAGGACACUCGCCAGCCCGGCGACGGUCGCCGCCCGAGGGCCGGCGGGACGGGGUCCCGGAGGAGCGGGCGCCGGCAGCACCAGGAAGACGCGGGCAGGAGCUUUCCGGGGAGUCAGGCAGGUCUGACUCAGCGGACACGAGGAUGGUCAGGUCCCCUGACGGUCCCGGAGCCCUGGCCCCGGCCGAGGGCAGGAGCCAGGCCGAGGGGCGUGGCCUGUCCCAGGAAGCGCAGCUGCAGGGCAGGGGGGUGAGCUCGGCCAGCCACCCCGGCCAUCGGGUGGAUGCAGGGGGGCUGCCGGCGGGGGUGGGCCUCCCGCUGCUGCACCCUGGGCCCCAGCCUGGGCUCAGCACGCCCCAGGGGCGCCCAGACGCAGCGCCUCGCCCGCCAGAGACGGCCCGGCUCUCACAGCCCGCCGCGGAGGAGCCGUGGCCAGGCACGCAGGAGGACAGGGAGGAGCUGCAGACCUGCCUGCUGAAGGAGCAGCUGUCCCGGCUGAGCCUUGGGGGACCUCAACCAGGCGUCCCCCCCGCCGAGCUGCCCCUGGCCGCGCCCUGCUCCGCCCCCGUGUCGCUGUGUGACCCCGGGGACGGGGACCUGCUGGGCAGCCGCUCGGGCAGCUCUGCGGCCUGCUACGCCCUCGCCACAGACCUCCCCGGCACCCUGGACGCAGCGGAGGCCCCGGAGGCCGAUGGGACCACGUUUUCCUGGGACCCCAAGGACCUGCUUUUCGGCAAAUGGACAGACCGGACUUCCUCCAACUGCUCCUACGCCUCAUCCGAGGGGUCUGAGGGCGUGGGGACCGCCGCUCCUUCCCUGGCCGGCUCCGAGGGGGACCUGAGCGCCGGGCCCAGGGCCGAGGAUCUGGACGACAGGGAGCUGUCGCUGCUGACUGGCACCUAUUUCAACUUCGGCGAGGGCCGGCGGUUCCGGGAGACCCAUCUGGACCUCGAUCGGACAGAACCGUCUGACACCUUGGAGCGAGGCCGUGAGGACGGCAGGCGGAGUCCUGGCGGCACCUUGUCCGGGCUGGGCGCCGUCCCCGAGGACACACGGCCGUCGGGGGAGCCCCGGCUGGGCAUCCAGGUCACCUCCACGCCCGUGAGAGGGGACGGCUCGGGGACGCCCGAGGCCCCCAGCCCGCAGCAGCAGCAGCGGCACGAGAUCCAGGAGGGCACCUACACCGGGAGCUGCUGCCACCGCGACGGCUCGCUGCUGAGUGUGCAGUUCCAGGUGAAGCGGGUGGAGCUCCAAGGCCCCGCCCCCCUGUUCUGCUGCUGGCUGGUGAAAGACCUUCUGCACGGGCACCAGGCCUCGGCCACGUGGACCCACCUGCUGCUGGCCAGCCCGCCCAGCGCCGUGCGCUCCGUGUGCGAGCACCCGGGGCCCAGCCUGGGGGAGGUGCUCAGAAGCCGGCCGUGGUUUGAGGAGCCCCCCAAGCCGGGCGAGCUGGAGAGGCUGGCGGCCUGCGAGGGCGCCUACUCCCAGAAGUACAGCACGCUCAGCCCGCUGGGCAGCGGGGCCUUCGGCUUCGUGUGGACCGCACUGGACAGGGAACAGAACAAGGAGGUGGUGGUGAAGUUCAUCCAGAAGGAGAAGGUCCUGGAGGAGGGCUGGGUCAGGGACGCCGACCUGGGGAAGGUCCCCUUGGAGAUCGCCAUCCUGUCCCGGGUGCGGCACCCCAACAUCAUCAAGGUCCUGGACGUGUUCGAGAACCAGGGCUUCUUCCAGCUGGUGAUGGAGAAGCACGGCUCCGGCCUGGACCUCUUCGCCUUCAUCGACCGCCACCCCAGCCUGGACGAGCCUCUGGCCAGCUACAUCUUCCGGCAGCUGGUGGCGGCGGUGGGCUACCUGCGCUCCAAGGGCAUCCUGCACCGGGACAUCAAGGACGAGAACGUCGUCAUCGCCGAGGACUUCACCGUGAAGCUCAUCGACUUCGGCUCCGCCGCCUACCUGGAGCGGGGCAGGCUGUUCUACACCUUCUGCGGGACCAUCGAGUACUGCGCGCCCGAGGUCCUCAUGGGGAACCCCUACCAGGGGCCGGAGCUGGAGAUGUGGUCGCUGGGGGUCACGCUGUACACGCUCGUCUUCGAGGAGAACCCCUUCUGCGAGGUGGAGGAGACCCUGGAGGCCGCGCUCAGCCCCCCGUACCUGGUGUCGGAAGAUCUCAUGAAGCUCAUUGCUGGGCUGCUGCAGCCUGUCCCUGAGCAGCGGGUCACCUUGGAGAAGCUGGUGACAGACCCCUGGGUGACACAGCCUGUGAACCUUGCUGACUAUACCUGGGAGGAGGUGUGUGGGAUCCACCAGCCAGAAAGCGGAGUUCUGUCCUUUGAGAGCCUGGAGGUGGAGAGCAGGAGCCCCAGCGAAGCUGCUCAGCAUCCGGAGCGUGAGGCCUCGAGCCCCGGGGCACCCCCUAACGGGCCGUCCACUCAGGGAAAGUAGUUCUCAAGACUGGGCCCAGUUCCCCUAAAAACUCGUGUACACGAGUCUGAUAAAGGCCAGAACAAAAGCGGGUGAUGCUGUGUCAUUUUAGGGUUACACAGCAGCCAGUCGUGGAGUUCACGUUCUCAUAACCCAGGAAAAACGUUGUGUUCAAACGAACUUUGAGUCUGUGAACUUCUGAGAAGCUUAGAAGCAUUUUUAAAUUCUUUCCUCUGUAUAUACGCACAUGUUUUGUUUUCUCUGGCCCGGUGUAUGUUUGCUCUGAUAGGUAAAGUUUGUAGAAGUCACGACCAGGGUAUUUCGUUAAUUUAUUUCCUUGAACAUUUUCCAAAUUAAAGCACUUUUGAUAGCAAUCAGUUACCUUGCCUUGGACUGUGUGAAUUCUUCCGCAGCGCCGGUGUGGGGAGCACUGGAGAGAGACUCAGUCUCAGGCAGUCUGGGGGCCCCUCCAGGGUGGGGAGCUCCACAGGGGGCUCAGCCCAAGGAGGCCGGAGUGUGUGUUCUCAGGCUCCUCCUUUCUGCCCACGCGCAGCCUCUUGGGGUCGACCCGCCGUCUGUCCAGGCUCUGGUGACGUGCAGGGCCGUCCUCCCACAGUGCCCCCAGCAGGUCUCCCCUCUUCACUGAUUUGGGGGCAUCCGGCCCUGGGCGUCCCUGUCCCACCCCUGCCCAGGUCCCGGGGCCCCUCUGAGCCAGUCGGCUAGCUCCAGCACGUGGAAUUCAGCCUCUAUUUUGUAUCUGUUGGAGGGGAGGGUGCAGUUAGGGGUAAGAGGAAAACCUUUCAUUCCCCCCACUGAAAUAAAAAGAAAAACAAAAACUACAACCCCCCCCCACACACACACCUUUUCCCCCACGUAACAUUCUCUGCAGGUUCCAAGGCUCCUCUUGCCCAGAGCCCCCCGGGGGGACGCCGGGGGCCAGGCUGCCUGCAGGAAGGGCCUGUGCUCAGCCUCCAGUGUUCAUUUAGGAAGCAGUCAGCUGUGUUCCUAUUUUAGGACUCGCAGAAAACAAUUAGCUUGAUUUUCAACUACUCCCUUUCAGAAAGUGCUGCUGAGCUGGCAGCCAUCACAAGACACCAAGUGGGUCCCCUCCCCCAGCACGGGCCAUAGAGGCCGUGUUUUCAGGAGGGUGUUUUUUAAAGCCUGUAGAGAGGACCAACCAGUUCACCCUUGUAGCGUUUAUGACGUUUCCAACUUCCAAAAGAAGUUACAGAGUGUUUUUUCCAGACAGGUGUGCAACGGGCUGACACUGCAAAGCCCUCUCUCUCCAGUAACCCUUCCUUCCUUGGAAGAAAGAAUGGUUAGAGCUGAGCUGGCUCGGUGGCAGCAGGAGGUUUGCUACUUUGGGAGUGUUGUUCGCAGAAAGAAUCCUGGCAGAGCGGCCCUGAGUCUGAGGCUGACACACUGCCCUGUCCGUGUUCCAAGGAGUCCAGAGCAAGGUUUCUGCAACAAGCUGAGGUGCUGUCGACCUUCAGAGCGGUUGCUGCACCCCAGCUGCCCCUUUAGUUCAGGGGCUGGAGAACUGCUCAGGUUCCUUGGUUCUUUCCAGGGUGUGGGGGUGGCUCCUGGGUUUUCUCAGGCUUUGGGUGUAAAAGCAUUCAUUUAUUUUGAGGUGCUGGCAGAUGAGUGCUUUAAAAAGAAAGAUGAACAACAACCAAUUCUUCGGUUCCACACAGAUUAUAACCUUCCUUUGCUUUGGUAAAAUCCUUGUCCAAAAGGAUCUGUCUCAGCACCCAGCCCAGUGUCUGGCACAGGGCAGGAACUCUUAAGUUGUACCCGUGAGAAUCAGGUCCCUUUUCUCAGAUCAGGAACAAGUAGG